AUGGCUCGAGUAACCGCAGAGUUAAGAAUAAAUAUGAGCCCACACCAUGAGGGUCCUAUUUGGGCAGCACUCGGCAUUGAUAUGGCUACGAAUACUCAAGAUCGACUGGCCACCCAACACCUGAUUAAAGAGAUCUAUAAUCCCAUUCUGUACAACGCUCUUCAACAAGGAAGACCUUGGAACGGAACAUUCAGAGGUCAUUGUGGAUUUGAGGUCAGACGCAGGAUUACUGCUAGGCAACAUGAGUUGCCAGCUGUAGUUCUUGCUCAUGUCCCAGACUCAGCGGAGCUUACCGAGCGUAUAUUCGAUGUUCUUCGAUUUUACCGCUUCACUGAUCCCACAUGGAGAGUCACUGAUCCUAAUUAUCCUAUUUUUGAAGUUUUCUCUCUCCCUGCUCCUGCGGGUGGUCUUGCCCCUCGCCCUGGCCCUGGCUUUUCUCUUCUCCCUGCCCCUGCACCUGCCCAUGCCCCUGCUCCUACUCCUGCUCGUCUUACUCGUGCUCGUGCACGUGCUCUCGUCCCUUCUCCUGCUCCUGUUCUUGCCCCCGUGACUACUUCUAGUCAUAAUAUUACCCCGGUUCCCACUCGUGAUCGUACUAUAUUUCCUAUUGCUUCUCCGAAUUAUGUCCCUGCCCCAGUACUUCCUAUUAGUCCUGUUCCCAAGACUGCUACGAAGGAUACUUUUUGGGCUUCCGGUAAGUACCAUUCCCCUUAUUCCCCUGCUGUCCCUUUCAUUCAACCUAGCAUUGACCCUCUUCCAGACUCCCGUCUCCUUGUUGCACCGGAAGACAUUCAUUCCCCUAUCCCAGAUGACUUCUAUAUUGCUGAUACUACAGAAGCUCCAUCUCCGCCCCGCACUGAAUUCGGUAUUUCCACAAGUACUAUUGAACAAGGCAAACGCAAGCGGACUAGGGAUGACGAAAAGGACGGAGAAACUUCUCCGCCACAAAAGAAAAGAUCGAAGGCCUCGCGGUUGCCAAAGGGGAAGGUUGAAUGGAGUACCUUCACUACUCUAAGUGAUUCGUCUUCAAAUGACGAAGAAAUUCUGGACGCCGAUGGUGAUGCAUGGAUGGGUGAAAGUUUUACGCCUUACAAGAUUAAGAAUAAGUCUGUUGAACCAGACAGUAGCGUGUGGUCUUCGAUGCGAGAUUAUUUCCUUCUUAAGGCCCGUGAACCCACUCCAGAUGACCAAGAUGAGGAGCAAGGUUUGGAGAUAGGUGAGUGA